CCUGGUGAUGUUCCUAAGGAUAGGAACGCCUCCCAGGCCCCUGAGAGCAUAAAAGAAAGAGCUCAGACACACUCAGAUCAGAUCUCAUUGGGGUAGCAGCUGCCACUCAUCACUCUAUUGCCUGACGGUCCAGUCCUGACGGUCCAGUCCUGACGCUGUUUGGAUUGUAUUAUCACUGCAAUACGGUGAAUAAAGGAUCAACAGUCUUCAGCUUCUUUCGUCUUGGUGUUCUCCUUCGGGUCUUUGACAUCAGAGUGCUAGUUGGAUUGGAGGUUCGGGAAAGUGGAUAGUUUUUCCACGACAAUAGCCUACUCUAAAAGCAGCAUCAGCAUGUGAUAAGUUACUUCCAUGAAGACAGCUAGAUUCCACGGUCCAUUUGGGAGUCAGCCCUGUCAAUCAAAGAAAGAAAAAGAGUAAAUUAAUCACUGCUAUUGACAGAACUUUAGAUCAAGACUUUCACAAACCAUGAUCAGUGAAUGAUGUUGACAAACAUUAAAAAUUCGGAGACAAAAUAUUAGCGCAACACACUCGGAAACCAGUCUCUCUUUUCACUUUGACUGUUGUGAUUGUGUGGCUUCCCCCAAGGACCUCCCACUGCAACUUUGUUCACCAACGAGGCUGAGAGAAGUAUCAGGUCACUCCUCUGGGUCGCCUAACUCACAUGAUGUGGGGGCAACUGGGGAAUUGGGUUCAGGGAACCACCCAGAACCAAAGUCCAGACACAGGUCAGGCGUUUAGCUUUGGCAACGGAAAUGACCAGCAGCAGCAGCAUGUAGUAAAUGCUACAAUCACAGCCCAGACUGGAGCUCAGGUCAUCGCUCCUACAAUAACACACUGUAACAUCCAAAGUCUGUCUUUUACGGAGGAGUCCAAAGGUCCAGAUUCCAUAGCUAUUGAGAAAGUCUUAAAAGACCACAAGAUACACAUGAAGAAGCGGUAUGGCUCUGUGUUUGAGGGCCUUGUGCAAAGAAAAGAACACAAAAAGCCUCUCAACAGGAUCUUCACCCAGCUGUACAUCACAAAGGGAGAGAGUGAAGAGGUGAACAGCGACCAUGAAAUUUGGCAGAUUGAGACAGCAAACAGGAAACAACAAAGGCAACACACAGCAGUUAGCAUCAAUGACAUAUUUGAAGACGAACACAUCAGAACAGUGAUGACCAAAGGUGUUGCGGGUGUUGGAAAGACGGUGUCCGUGCAGAAGUUUAUACUGGAUUGGGCGGAGGGACGAGCCAAUGAUGACGUGACCUUUGUCUUAUGUCUCUGUUUCAGAGAACUGAACUUGCUCAAAGAUGACGAGAAAAGUCUUCAGGAACUAGUGCUUAAUUUCUAUCAGGAGCUCAAACCACUGAGAGACACAAACACCUUCGAGGAAUGUAAGGUUGUGUUCAUUCUCGAUGGUCUCGAUGAGAGCAGAUUACAAUUUGAUUUUCAGAAAAACAAAUCUGUGUUUGACAUACAAGAGAAAACAUCACUGGAUGCACUGAUAACUAACCUCCUUAAGGGACACCUUCUUCCAUCAGCUUUAGUGUGGAUAACUUCACGGCCAGCAGCUGCUGAACUGAUCCCCUCCGAUCACAUCGACCAGUUUACUGAAGUCCGCGGAUUCAACGAUGCACAAAAGAUGGAGUACUUCAAGAAGAGACUUGUCAAUAGUCCCAAGGCAGACAAAAUCAUCAAACAUGUCAAGACAACAAAGAGUCUUUACAUCAUGUGCCAUUUACCAGUCUUCUGUUGCAUCACUGCCACUGUUAUGCAGAGCAUGUUGGAUCAGGGUGACACUGAGGAGAUUCCCAAAACCCUAACAGAAAUGUAUGUCCACUUCCUUUUCACGCAGCUCAAGAUGACAAACCACAAGUUUGUCGGGAAUAAGGUGUCAGACCGGAAAGCUUUUCUCACUGAACACAAGGACGGCAUCCUAAAGCUAGCAGAACUGGCCUUCCGCAAGCUGGAGGAGAAAGAGGGUUCGAUCCUGUUUUACGAAGAUGACCUGAAAGAGUGCGGUAUCAAUCUGGAAGAUGCGUCUGUCCUGUGUGGUUUGUGCACAGAAAUAUUCAAGGUGGAACCUGUGAUGUUUCAGAAGAGGUUCUACAGCUUUGUGCACCUAAGUAUACAGGAAUUCCUUGCUGCACUCCACGUGUUCGCCUCCUUUAGGAACAAGGACAUGGAAGCACUGAAACCCUUUCUUGAGGAGAAACCAAAGAAAGUGUUCUUGUACCUACUCCUGAAGAGUGCCAUAACCGAAGCCAUUCAGAGCAACAACGGACACCUGGAUCUCUUUGUCCGCUUCCUGGUGGGAAUCUCUCUGGAUUCCAACCACACCUUCCUGGAAGGGCUGCUGCCAGAUCCCGUGGACGAGGACAAAAAAGACAAUCAAAUGAGCAUGGAAUUGGUGAUCAGGCAUAUCAAGUCUUUGGUGCAAGAGAAACUCUCCCCCGAAAGAUUCAUAAACCUCAUGAACUGCCUGACAGAGAUGAAGGACGACUCAGUCCACAAGGAACUUGAGCGCUACUUGCAGUAUGAGAAGUCCCCCGGAACAGAGCUUACAUCCGCCCACUGCUCUGCACUGGCCAACAUGAUCCUGCUCUCAGAAGAGCCGCUGGAGGUGUUUGACCUUGAACGUUACAAUUUGGGAGACGAGGGGAGAGAGAGGCUGCUGCCGGCUGUUAGGUGGUGCACAAAAGCCAGGCUUACGGAAUGCAAGCUCUCGGCUAACUGUGGGGAGAUUGUGGCCUCAGCCCUAAAAUCUGAGCACUCACCUCUAAGGGUGCUGGACCUCAAAAGGAGCUACCUCACAGAGACUGGGCUGAAGAUGGUCUGCUCAGGACUCAUAACCCCUCAUUGCAAACUGCAGUCUCUGAGUCUGGCGGGUUGCAGGCGGAACUUGGACUCCACAUGUGAGGUGCUGGGAAGGGCUCUCCUGUCCGUCAGAUCCCACCUCACAGAGCUGGACUUGAGCUGCAACACGCUAAGCAGCCCAGACAUGAGGGCACUCACCACUGGACUUAAGAUUCCUGCCUGUAACGUUGAGAAAUUAAGGUUGCGGAGUUGCUCACUUAGUGACUCUGCUUGUGAGAUGCUGGCAAGUGUUCUUCGAUCAGAACCAUGCAGCCUGAUAGAACUGGAUCUAAGGGACAACGUGCUGAAUGACACAAGCAUAAAACUGCUGUCUGAGGCCAUAAAGUCCCCACAUUGUAAUCUGGAGAAACUGAGACUGUCAGCCUCCAAGCUCACCAAGGCAUCCUGGAGGUUUUUGACGUCGGUAUUCCAUGGGGAACUGGACCUGAGUGAGAGCAGGCUCCUGAUGUCCGAGCUGGAGCAGCUGUGGGCAGCCCUGAGGAGCCCAGACUGCAGAGUGAACACACUCAGGUUGAAGCGCUGCUAUCUGACAGGUGACCACUCUUUGGCCAAGUUUGGCCAAAUUUUGGCCUCAGUCCUCAGUUCAGAUGGGUCCCACCUGAAGGAGCUGGACCUGAGUGACAACGACCUGCAGGACUCAGGAGUGGAGCUGCUCUCCUCUGGACUACAGAACUCACAGUGCACACUGGAGAUCCUGAGGUUGUCGUUCUGUGGUGUGACUGAGAAAGGCUGUGAGUUUCUGGCUUCUGCCCUGAGUGCAAACCCCUCCUAUCUGAGAGAGCUGGACCUGAGCUACAACCACCCAGGAGAGGCUGGAGUCAAGCUGCUCACUGAGAGAAAGGACGACUGCAAACUGGAAAUCCUCAAUGUGGAGAACAAUGCAGAGUGCUGGAGGAAGUCAGGACUCCGGAAAUACACCAGCGAGCUCACGUGGAACACCAACACCAUGAACAAGCAGCUCUUACUGUCUGAUGGGAACCGGAAGGUUACAUGCAAGUUCCAGGAACAAGACUACCCGCCCCACCUGGAAAGGUUUGACACGGUCGAGCAGGUUCUGGCCAGCGAGGGGUUCUCAGAACGCUGCUACUGGGAGGCCGAGUGGGAUGGGUUCCGUGUCUACCUGGGCAUGGCGUACAAAGACGUGGAGAGGAAAGGGGGUGGGGGCCGCCUCGGCCACAACGACAAGUCCUGGUCUCUGCGCUGCUACUAUGACGAAACUGUCAAAGGCUUUCCUGUGAAUUCUUACGCCGCUUGUCAUGAUAAUUACAUAACCCUGAUCGAAUCGCCCGGGUGCGACUCCAGGCGUAUUGGAGUGUACUUGGACCAUGCGGCCGGCACAAUGACCUUCUACAGCAUCUCUUCCGACAGCUUUACCCACCUGCACACGUUUUAUCACAGAUUCACUGAGCCUCUCUAUCCAGGAAUCCAGUUUGUUUCUGAUUUUCACACAGAAGACAGUGUGUUCCUGUGCAAGAUUGAAUAGGCCUGAAAAUAAAAUAACAAAGGAAGGCUUACUUGAAAAUCUAAAUCUGACUAGGUGUACAGUUAAAAAAAAAAAACAUUAAUUGUAGCUUACUUAUUGAUUAAACCAAGCUUCAUAUGUGCCCAAAUCAAAGUGAAGUCUACUAAAUUGCUAAAUGUGUUGGCCAAAUGUUUGUAUGUUAGCUGUCUUCAAAAAUAAAUGAGUCAUACAGUA